AUGCGUUUCCAAUCCACCCGCUCUUUGGCCUCCUUGGUCACCGUUACAGCCGCGGCCGCUAGCGAUGUUGCGUCUUUCCUGUACCCGGAAGGGUUGUUUUCUGGCGAUGCCAAACUCAUUGGCACUACUGGUGGGCCCCUUACUACCUUGGCAUUUAACUGUCCUGAAACUGCAACCCCCACUGCUACCACUGGUGCAGCUACCCGAUCUACAGCGGGGUUUGAUGAUGAAGAUGAUGACCAGUGCUGGGUUCCAGAUGGUGGUUACACCAUCACAGCGGGCAGCACCACCUUUGAGUUUGCCUACACCACUCCAGGCUUCACCAUCUCGGCGGGCUGCUCUUUCGACAGCACCACGUACGCAUCGUGCAAAGCCACUAGUACCUUCGUCUCAGAUACCGGGGUUCAGAAUUUCGAGACUAGUUCCUCCAUCCCCUAUAUCACUGUCGCCAUCACUGCCACUGAAUCUUCUUCUACCAGUGCAGCGGCCUCUGAUACAAGGUCUGUUGCCUCGAAGACCACCGCCUCCGAUACAGGUAGUUCUACGGUGGGACCUUCAUCUCCUCCCACUUCUACCGCUGUCACUAGUGACAACGCGGGUAUUCCAUUGGCUACUGGCGCUGCUCAGUGCGUCGCUGGCGGUGCGGUUAUGAUGCUUGCACUGGCGAUGGCUUAG